AUGCUACUACUACUACUAAUACUUAUUCGUCUACUUUUGUUUCUUCUUCUCACAUCUCAUUUACUUUCUUUUACUACUUGCUCUUCCUCCUCUUCCUCAACUUCAUAUUUUAUUUCCUUAUUAGUUUCGUUCUUUUUCCUUUUUUUUUUCGGCUUCGUUUCUUUCUCCUCAUUUUUUUCUUUCUCCUCUUCCUCCCCCUUCGCUAUUAUUUUCUGUUCUUAUGCCUCUUUCUUACAUUGUUUUACGUUUUUUUUUCUCUUCUCUUCUUUUCCUUCUUUCAUUAGUGUUUUAUCUUUCUCUUCUCCCCACCUCUCUCUCUCUAUCUAUCUAUCUAUCUAUCUAUCUAUCUAUCUAUCUAUCUAUCUAUCUAUCUCUCUUUUGCUCGCUCGUUCAGCGUCUCUUCUUUACAUCAUCCUUUUCGGCUUCUAUUCUCACUCCUCUUUGAUAUUCUAUUACCUCUUUUCUUCCAAUUCUCUCUCUUUCUUUGUCUUUCUCCUCUUUUUUAUCUUGACUUUUUCUUAUCUGACUCGGCAUCCGAUUUUUCUCCCUCCUUCCCCUCCUCCUUCUCCUCCUCCUUCUCCUUUUUUAUCUCUCUACUAUUCCUCUUUUAUUUGCAUCUUCUAUUCUACCUUCCAUUCUUGCGUUACUGAUUACUUCUGCUCCCUCAUCCCCUCCAUCAUAUUCUUUUUACUAUUUCUGUCACUUCUCGUCCUCUCUCUCUCUCUCUCUCUCUCUCUCUCUCUCUCUCUCUCUGUCAUUUUGGUUUUCAUAGUUUCUCCUCCCCCAAUCUUUUUCUUCUCUCUUCUCUACUGA